AUGGCGGCGGUGGCAGGCGGGUCGCGGCGCUGGGACCCGGCGGCGCUGGGGCUGGACCCGGGCUGGCGCCUCACGGCCUACGGCGAGCUGCGCGGCUGAGGCUGCAAAGUCCCGCAGGAGACGCUGCUCAAGCUCCUGGCGGGACUGGAAGGGCAGCGCCCGGGAGGAGGAGGCGGAGGGGAAGGGCAGGAAGCGGAGAGCGGCGGGGCCCCGGCGCUGGGCAUCGGGCUGGACUCGUGUGUGAUCCCGCUGCGGCACGGGGGGCUCUCGCUGGUGCAGACCACCGACUUUUUCUACCCCAUCAUCGAUGACCCCUACAUGAUGGGCCGCAUCGCCUGCGCCAACGUGCUGAGUGACCUGUACGCCAUGGGGGUGACAGAGUGUGACAACGUCCUGAUGCUGCUGAGCGUCAGCCAGCGCAUGAGUGACGAGGAGAGGGACAAGGUGAUGCCGCUGAUCAUCCAGGGCUUCCGGGACGCGGCCGAGGACGGGGGGACGUCGGUGACAGGGGGACAGACCGUGCUCAACCCCUGGGUCAUCGUGGGGGGCGUGGCCACCGCAGUCUGCCAAUCCAGCGAGUUCAUCAUGCCGGACAGCGCCGUGCCCGGGGACGUGCUGGUGCUGACCAAGCCCUUGGGGACACACAUGGCUGUCACCGCCCACCAGUGGCUGGACAUGCCCGAGCGCUGGAACAAGAUCAAGCUGGUGGUGACCCGUGAGGAGGUGGAGCUGGCGUACCAGGAGGCUGUGGCCAGCAUGGCCACCCUGAACCGCACCGCCGCCGGGCUCAUGCGCGCCUUCGGGGCGCACGCCGCCACGGACGUGACGGGUUUCGGGGUGCUGGGGCACGCGCGGGCGCUGGCGGAGCAGCAGCGCCUGGACGUGGCCUUCGUCAUCCACAACCUGCCCGUCAUCGCCUGCAUGGCGGCCGUGAGCCGCGCCUGCGGGGGCCGGGGCGGGCUGCUGCAGGGGACGGCGCCUGAGACAUCGGGAGGUUUAUUGGUGGUGCUGCCCCGCGCCCAGGCCGCGCGGUUCUGCGCGGAGCUCAAGGCCCCCGGGCGCGGCCCCGGGCUCCAGGCCUGGAUCGUGGGCGUGGUGGAGAAGGGGCCCCGCGGCGCCCGGGUCAUCGACAAACCCCGCGUGAUCGAGGUGCCCCCCCGGGGGGCCCCCCCAGAACCCCGAGAGCCCCCCGGGGGCAGCCCCCCCCCGGAGCCCCCCCGGGGGCCCUGCUAG